AUGCCCGAAGCAAUAGAUGCUUCAAGUAUAGCUACCAAUUAUUAUAAAUUGGCUCAUCUUUGCUCGGUGACUUAUUUAAUCUACACCACAAAUAAUGCAACGAACGAUCUGACAUUACUAGAGUUGGAACUUUUAAUAAGACAUUCCCACCCUAAAUGUUUAGUGACAUACUACAACAAAUACUUAUAUUGCUUUCAAUUCAAUCAUAUUAAUGAACAAUUCGAUCUAACAACUGAAUAUCCCCAGCUACAAUUGAAGUAUUCUAACCAGGUAAGCGCCGAUAUGCUAUCGAACCCUCCCAAAGUGGCCAGUGAUAAAGAUAAUAAUUCAGGAAACGAAUAUUUAGCAUAUGCAUGCUUGAGUUUUUUGAAGGCGGUUAAAAAAUUGGUUUUGUUCAAUUUGUCAAGUAAUGAAGCAGUCCAGCUAUUCGGAAACUACGCAGUAGUGAAAGAGCAAGGGCUCUCAAACUCCGUUCUCCAUCUUGAUCCAAUAUUACUACCAAACGGGGACUUAUUGAUUUCUGUAUCUGAAAAGUGUCAUCUACAACUAUUUGACUCCAGUAUUGUGGAUAUUAAUGAAAUCGAAUCUGUUGAUUUAAACUUUGUUCUAUACAUAAUUCCAUCUGGAAUAAGAUGCCAUCUAUACGAUAACGUAAAUGUUGCAUCGAAUUUUACCGCAGAUCCUCCUAAGAAUAGUGAAAUUCUCAUAAAAUUGAUUAAGUACAGUACGGGUGUUGAUCUAGACCUGUUGAGUCCCUUGGUUUGGGUGAAGUUGGUUCCUAAUUUACAACAUUUGAAUAAUCAAACGUCAAAGAUUUCUAAAUUCAUCCAUUCAGUGGAUAACAAAAAAUUCAUACUAUGGCCUUGGAGACUCUGUUUACUACAGUUCGGUCUUAAUGAAACGGACACUCUAAGUUCUCACGCCACUACUUGUGACCCAUUAAAUUUAAUUUCCGAUUUCAUUGACUUUAACAUCAGUCAUUAUCAUCAGACUAACAUUUCUGGUCAACUAAAUCCAAGUCACCAACACAAUCAGAGUUUUAAUUACAGUAUUCCAAGUGUAUUAUCAACAGGGAUGAGUUCUUCUGGGCCAAAUGAAAACAAAGGCGACUUAAAUAUAGUUGGUGACAUACCCGGAAGUGUACUGGAUAUAUUUGGAAUUCAGAGUUCUGAUACCAAUGAUUUUUUCAACGGAGCCAACUUUCAAGCAUCACAGAGUCAAAAUGAUGUAAAAUCAGACACACAAGAACCAGUAAAAAAGAAUAGCGAUGAAGAAGAUGUGGAAAUGGACGACUUGUUUGGUGAUGCAAGUGAAGAUGAAAAGGCGACCACAGAAGUGUCAGCAAAUGAAUUAAACGAAGGAAAACAGUUUGACGACUUAUUUAAUGAUGAUCUGAACCACCUGAACCAAGAGAAACAAAUCGAUGAACUGGAUACAAUACCUAAAUCAAUAGAAGAUGACGUUUUAAAGGAAGAAAGCGUUAAAUUGGAAGACUUGAAAGAAUAUAAAGAUUCCAAGUUACAGCUUGCUUCUGCUACAAUACCAAACACAUUUAUAGACAUUCCUAAAGAUCAGAUGACGAUCCCAUCUUUAAAGAACUUAAAACAAACACCUCAAAUUUAUAAUGAUCCAGGUGCUCCAAUGCCAAUUGUGCCAACUCCAGUAUUUCCCCAGACUGGGGCUAAUUAUACAGCACCUGGGUCUGCUCAGUCUGUGAAUCCGCCGACUUCCGCCGCUGCAACGGACAAUGAGGGAAAUGAAGGUGCAAGGUCAAUAUUUUCUCCCAUAUUAUUCAAUCCAAUAAUUAAAAGUAAUAUUGAUACGAAAUAUGGUAAAGGUGGUAAGUUUUAUGUUGAUAAGGAAGUAUCGGCUGGUCCCGAUAUCGAUUCGAAAAGAAAGACUUUAAGGGCUACAAGUGUAAGUGGGUUUGAAUUGCCACAGCGUAGAGAAGAUUCUAUUGGAAUUGAGUCUAUUAUAGAAGACAAUGAUAGAAGACAGGUUUCUGAGUUUCCAGAAGCACAAGGUAACGAAGGAAUGAAGAAUGAAAACCACGAAAAUCACUUCAAUGAAAAGGAUAAUAUAAUAAAGAAUUUGGAAGAAUUCGAUGAAGAUGAGGACGAAGAUGAAGAUGAAAAUGAAGAUGAAGACGAGGAAAGUGACGAGGAUGAUGAUAUGAAUAUAGAGAAUAAUGAUAUGAAUAUGAAACGUUCUCCACCAUUGAAACUAAACACACUUAACGACCCUUAUGUUGCCCAGCUGAAUCAAGCUGGCCUAAAUUUCAAUGAAUCAAACUUCAACGCUAAGCAAGUGAUUGCUAAUUCGUAUAAUGUAAGCUCCAUGAAUACAGGUGGUUUCUCUUCGCCUACUUCAUUUGGAAUUAACUCUUCAAAAACCAAUGUGCCCCCAAAGAAUGAUUCGCCAUUUGGAUUGAACAAUCUUGUAAGGGAGGACCAGAAUGGAACUACAUCUCCUACAGGAGGCAGUAGUGAGCAACCAAAUCAAAGACAAGAGCAAUCGGACAACUCACCUAUGGUUGUUGAUAUGGAUCUUGAAAAGAAGUCGGCCAGCAAAGAAGCAGAAAAUACACCAAGUGGUGUGACGACACCAAAUUCUAGAGGCUCAAUAUCAGAGUCAUCGAAUUGUUUACCCUUAAUUUUAAGAGGCAUCAAUGUUUCAAGUAUUCCUACUUGCUUCAUUUUGAAUAAUGUCUUUGUUUCUAAUAAAAUCUCAACAAUAUCUACAAAUUUUGAUAUGGAUGUGGAAGAUGAAAAUGAAUGGUCUGAUUAUGAAUUAUGCAAAAAUAGUGAAAUGACUGUGAAACUUAAUAAUUUAGACGAAUUUUUGAAGUGGUUAGGCCCAAAUCUAAUAUUUGAUAUGGGAUUGAAUAAACAUCAAAAGUCUUUGGAGAUGAAGUUAUCUAAUCAUGAAAGAGACGAGGAAAAUCACGAUAAUAUCGAAGGUAAGGCGCCUUCUAGGAAAUUUGAAAAUAAACUUUGUGAUAUUUUCCCAUUUUGCUACAAGGUGAAUCUUAACGAAUUCACUAUAGAGCCUAACGUUAAUGAACUUAAGGGGGAAACCAAUACAAUCCAGGAUGAACUCGAUAACCAACUAAGUUUCCUUGAUGAUAUUACAAAUGAGGACAUUCUAAACCCUAGGACACAGUUAAAGAAACUAAAUUCUAUUGAAUGGGAUGCAAUUUAUCCUGAGAGCUCUGCCAAUGAGGAGAAUUGGAAAAAAUAUCAAGAAAUUGUUCAUAAUGUGGGUCAGAGUUCAUUGGUAAAUACACUUGAAGACAGCACUAUUUUCUCGUUGGCUAAUGAUAAGGCAAGAGUUUUGAAGCAUAAUGAUACAAUAUUAAAUUUGAAUUCGAUAGGUAUUAAAUUUUGGAAGUAUUUAAAUUUUAGUCCUUUAAAUGGUCCUAAGAACUUUCAAUUAUUAUUGAUUUCCGAGAAUGAUCAUAAUAUGCUUCAUCAUAAUUAUAAUAUUGAAUUCUUAAAUUCUUUAGUUUAUAACUAUAAGGAAUGCUGUUUUGGUACUAUAUCGAAAAUUAAUCUACAACCCUCAGACUCGAGACCUGAUGUCGAAGGUAUUGAUAAUGGUUUGUUAUUGGUUCACAAAGAAGAAGGGGAUUAUGCUUAUGGUAAUAUCUACAAACAAAUUAACCGCAAGUUGAAUGCACUAGUUGAAAUGAUAAAGUCUGAUUUGAUUAACAAAACAAAUAAAUUUGAGUUCGAUAGACCGUUAUUAUUGCUUUUCAUUAAUUUUGACAAAAGUGUUAAUUCCUUAUUACAAAUUUCAAAGCUAAUUAGAAAUUUCAAAUUGUUUUUAAGCCAUCAUCAGUUACCGCUAGUAGAGGUCUUUGCCCACAUCAUUCCUUGGUCACUUCUUAUUAAGCAAAGUGGUAAUCAAAGAAGAUUAAAAUACUUAUCAAAUUUCAAAUUAUCUAAGUUAUCAAUGAACUUAUACAACCAAUGUCCAAAUGAACGGAAUAUUGGAAAGCCAGUAAAAGAUCCAACCAAACAUUUAUUCACACAAUUAGUCAAGGAACCACCUUCGAACCUUAAUUUUAAGUUCAUGAACAAUGGAAGCAAUAGUAAUGGAAAAACGUCGUUUAACGAUGAUAUUUUUCUUCAUUUGGCAUACGAAAGAUCCAUCGAUAAGAAUUGGUUUUCAGCUGCUUGGUCUGAUCCCUUAGGAAUUGUUGUAUUGACUAAAUCAUGGAACUGCUCCCCAGUUCUCCAGAAAUCAAACAAUAAGAAUGUUCAUAGCCUAGAGUCAAUCAGUGACGAAAUUUGGAAUAUUUCUACAGCAUUAUUUAAGAAGUUAAAUGAUGAAGUCAUCAAAAGGACUUCUGGAUUGGGUGGAAAGAAAUUUUUAGUUUUAACAAGGAUAAAUAGCAUCAUUCCUGAUGAUGAAUUGAUACAUUGGAAAAGACUCAGCAUUAAACACAAAGAUAUAUCUUUGAUUGUCUUGUCUGUUAACAAGGCACCUAAGUUACUAUUUAGUGGUCCAAUUGGAGCAGGCGAGCAAGUGGAUAAGUCGAAUUAUGGAUCAAACGCCAAUAUCAACAGCAAUGUUUUAUCAACUAAUUUGGAUAAUAAUUCGACUGGAAAUUCUACUAAUCAAGUUGGUAAUAAUGGGACCACGUCGAAUGCAUCCGAUUUUUUCAAAACUUUUGGUUCAAACAACCCCUCCCCGAAUAAUAACGGAGCCUCCAUGUCCAUAUCACCUUCAAAUAAUGUGGGUAUCAAUUUUCAUUCGCCCCAGCAGUUUCUCAAUGCACCAGGAAAUUUCCUAUCGCCUCAAGACUUUGUUACAUCUACUGGAGGAACUACUAAUACCAACGCCAACCCUGCUUCGAAUACAUCUCAGGAUAACCCCGAUGAGAUUAUCCACGACCCUACAGAAGAACUAACUGCGGUGAUCCCAAAGUCACCAUUACCAUCAUUUAACUCUCCUACUCGCUUAGGAAUGAAGAUAGGCUACUUGAUAAAAGAUACAGGACUUCCCACCGACGAACACACUAAGCAGUAUUUAGUCUACGAGGUCAAUUUACUAAGCUGUUCAAAUUACUGGAACCUAAAUGCAAUAAUGAAGAUCUUGUUGAAUCAGUACAAGAAGUUGAUCACCUUGAAUGAUAUCCUUUGUGUUAAUGAGAUCGAUGGUAGUAUUGCGGACGAUAGUGACGAAAAGGAUUCAAAUACAACCUCCCAUAUGAUCCCACCAUUGAACUACACUGCAUCCGGUCUAAUACCAUGGCAUAUUGCGGCUGUGACGAAAUCAUUAGACUAUUUAAUCCAUAUUGAUGUUGAAGAGUAA